AUGCCAUCGGCGGUCACGGUGCAAUGCUCGCAGUGCCAGGCCGCACCGGCAAAGUACACCUGCCCGCGCUGCAGCUUCAAAACCUGUAGCCUCGCCUGCUCAAAGGCGCACAAGGCAUCGGAUGCCUGCUCCCCGCCGUCGACCGCCGACGCCGCCGCCGGUACCGCCAUAGCAUCCGCUGCAUCGCCAUUACCUGCCGCGACGGCUGCAGCGGCAGCGCCUGGAUCCUCGACCGGCUAUGUCCCCCUCUCGCAGUACAACGAGUCGACGCUGUACAGCGACUUCCUCUUCCUCAACAGCAUCUCGCGCUCCUCGCAGGCGAUCGGAAAGGAGAUUGUCAAGAUGAACAUGCUCCCGCCUCCGCCGGCCGCAUCGACACCCGGCGGGCCCAACGCCAUCAAGCCGCGGCCCGAUCCCACCAGCAGCCUCCGACAGACCAACGCGCAGCGCCAAAAGGAGCAGCUGAGGAAGCAGAUUGGCUUCCGCAGGCUCAACAUCAUGCUCCUCCCCGACGGCAUGAAGGCGAGGAAGCUCAACCAGACCACCUGGAACCACAAGGAGAAGGCCAUGCGCUACAGCGUCGAGGUCCGCUUCGGAUGUGGCACGAGCAAGGGUGCCGAGACGGCGGCGAGCGGGUCCCGCGACGGGCCAGGACCAGCGCCGGCAGCUCAGGAUGACGAAGCGAAGGAUGCGGUCAAGAUCAGCGGGGUGCAGGAGGUCGAGGCGCCUCGUCCCGACAGCAAGGACAGCCAGGAUUCCGCCCUCCUCCACCGCGUCGACGGCGAGAGGCCAGUCGACCACAUCGUGCUCGACGAGCUGGAGCGCCGCAGCUUCACGCGCAAGGAGAUCAAGACGAUGCAGUUUGAGCAGGCCGCUUCGACGUCGCAGAAGGCGUGGUACCUCUCGCGCGCGCUGCUGCGCCGUCUCGGCCUGGCGGUUCCGCCUUCGCAGGUCGCGCUCAAGGAGGAUGCCGCGCAGCACGCCGACGCGGUCGUCAUCACCGCCAUGCCGGACGACUGGAGGCUCCUCGUCUCGCUGCACGACCAGCGACUGCGCAACGAGAGCACAACCAGGUACCUCGAGUGGUGGACGCGGAAGCAGGAGUACGAAAAGGCCACUCGCGCCAGGGAAGAGGCCGAGGCUGCGGCUGCGGCGGCCGCAGAGGCGAAAGCGGCAGCUGCUGCAGCCAAAAGGGCAAAGGGACGGGGCUCAAAGGCGCCGAGGUCCAGCAUGCCCGGCGUUCCGACGGGCCCAAAAUCGAUGGCCGACUCCAACGGGGCGCAGCCACAGCCGCCGCUGCAGCAGCCUCAGAGGGAGAUGAGGACGUGGGGCGCACCCGAAGCGGCCGUUGAAGCUCAGCAACAGCCAGGAGCUUCGGCAUCGUCGCCUCCGGCAUCCCUAGCCACGACCUCUGCCGGCCACAACUCCAUCAUCCCCGCUCAUAUCCUCUCGCAGCUCUCGUCGCUGCACCAAACUGCUCCACCUCCAGCUGCAGCGCCAGCUCCGGCUGCACGUCUGUCGAAAUCGCCACCGAUACCCGCCCGCACCGCCUUACCUUCCGUUGCGACCCAAUUGGCCCCAGCUGCUGCAUCACCCACAGCACCUCCACCGGCUGCCACGGCACCGUCCGGGAGGACGACAGCAGAAGACGCAGCCACGGUGACGACGACGACGACGUCGAAACCCUACCUCGUCGUCCCCUCUUCGCCAGCCAAGACGAUCGGCAUCGAAAGGCUGCUGCAGACGCUACCGCCCGACUAUGCCGUCGUCGAGUACGCCACGCUGCACCUCUGGAACGCGCACGACGUCGACGAGGCGAUCGCGCAGGGUCGCAUCCGGCUCGUCGAAGCCCGACACGGCGGCGGCGAAGACGGUGGCCAUGGUACCGGCACGAGCGCCGCGACAGGUGGAAACGGCGACGAGGUUGAUGGUGGUGUGAGGAAGAGAAAGUGGGGCGUCCCUGCAGCCGAAGCGCAAGCGGAAGAGGGGGACGAGAAGAAGGUCAAGACCGAUCCGACACGCGCUGCCCCGGCGAGUGUACCUUCGUCCUCGGUCGGCGGCGGGCAGAAGGGCACGUUGACCGCCUUGGUCGCCUACGACUCUUCUUCUUCGGACAUCGACGAAGACGAGGAGGCGGAGGAAGACGAGGAUGAGGGGAGAGAAGACGCGGGAUCGACAGAAGACGUAUCGACAUCGACGUCGGGCGGCCUCGCGUCGUUGGCGAGGUCGAUUGGGUUUCAUGUCGGUCCGCCUUCUCGGUCCCUCGUCUCGCCUGCACCCGCGCCGGGCGCAGAGACAGAGACGGCGAUGCCGAUGCCGACGCCUUCUUCGGUCCCCACCGACGCGGAACGGAACGCCGAGCAAGCGAUGGCGACGUACUCCAUCCUCCAAGGCGUCGAUGGCGAGGAGGAUAUCGAUUUCGACGAUGACUGA